CCCCACUCUCUCUGAAAAGUAAUGGAAAAAAUAUCCUUGGUAGAAGAUUAAAAAACAACAAAAAAAUGGUUUGGUAAUUAUGUUGAAUGUAUGCAUAUUACAUGAAGCAGUAAUUCUACUCCUAGGUGUAUUCCAAUUUAUAUAAAAGUCAAAAGUAGGUAAAAUUAUAGAGUUAGACAUGAAUUAAUUAAUAAAGAGAAAGGAUUAAUGAUUGGGAGGAAGCAUGAUGGGAGCUUCUGGAGGUGUUAGUAAUGUUCUGUUUCUUGACCUGUAUGAUCACAUGAGUGUUCCUUUGUAAUGAUUAAUUGAGCUAUAUAGCUAUUUUGUGCACUUUUCUGCUUGUCUGUUAUACUUCAAAACAAAAAGAAAUGUAGAAAGAGUCUAAAUGAUUUAAACAUCCUUUUUAUCAAUACAAAAUGUGGACAAGUCAUUCGGUCAGAUGGAGCUACAGUCAUCAUCUCAAAGGUGAAUGGGAAAUGGGGGGUAAAGGGAGUGGGGAUAUAAGAAAAGUAAACUGAGGGAUAUAAGAAAACUGAGGAAAUUUUCACCUGAUUUCUUUCUGCAUGUUUUAAAGCUUGUUCGACUUGCCAUAAUGCCUAGGUAUUCCAGAGAGUUAGUCUCCUGGGCAUUCCAGCUUUCAUUUAGUAACAUAUAGCUGAAUUAUAAUACUUAUCUUCCCACCUAGCUAUCCCAACUUUCUACAUUUAUCUCAACAUCCUAAUUUACCUAUAAAACAUCUUCUAUUUUAUUAUGAAAAAUAAUUAUACAAAAUAAUAGUAUACUCAUCCAUAUGCCUCAUUCCAAAUUCUCUUAGGGUAUUUAUUGAUGAUAUAUAUGAAAAUUAUUUACAUGGUUGUGACCAGUAUCCAUAUACUUCUCCUUUUCACUUAACCUUAUUUUCAUACACAUAUUUUUCACUUUGACUGAGUUGACCUAUUUGUCAUAGUAGGUAGUUACAAGGUAUUCUGUCUUAAUUAUCUAGUUGAGCCUUUUUUUGACUUAACUGAUUCUAAUGUUCAGAGAAAGCACGAUUCCUCUGUAUCCAUCUUUAAUGGGUCAGUCUAGACCAUUUGUUUCACUUCUGCUUCUUCCUCAAAGUUGUAACCUCACUAUUUUCACAGGCUGCAUCAAAAACAGGCUCAUGAAGUGACAGGUUAGAAUGUGUGGCUCCUCCCAAGUAAUUUCUUACCAACUUACACACUGACCCUUUAUGCCUUGUUUCAUCUUAUAUUGUUCAUUUGUAUAGGACCCAUUUUAACCUGUCAUUAUAUUUCAGUUAUUUCAUGGGUUGUAGCUAAAAGAAGUGAAGGUAUGAAAACCUGUAAACUCUAGGCUGAUUCACAAUAGAAAGCAAAUUACCUCAUUCCUUCUUCAGUACAAGCAUCUACAGGAAAGGGUGGGGAGGGGAAAGAGGCAGGACCGUCUGUUCUUUAACAACUUCACCCUCUUCAUCUGAAUCUAGCCUCCCUCAUGUAGACACUCAAAGGAUACUGCCACCUGGCUUCCCUCCUUGCAGUACUUACAUCAUCUAGAUUAGACAAUCCUUUCUCUGUGGCCCAACAAUUUUGCAUGACCCGGUCAAAAUGAUUCAACAUUUUCAAAGUAUGAAUAUGCAAAUUAUUUUGUAACUUUAUGAUGCAAAUAGGUGUUAUUGAAUGUGUUUUGGAGCCUUAAUGGAUAGUGUCAGAUGAGGAUCUGGGAACGUAUUUAAACUUCCAAAUUGUGUCUUAGGCAAAUAAUUCUCUUCUAAACGUAUUUUCACAACAUGUUGCAUUUUCCUGGAACAAAAUCUCUACUUCUGUAUAGUCAAUAUCUUUGGUGUCUACUGUAUGUAUGUACGAUAAUGUUCUCGUCACCAACAGCAAGCCCACCAGAGGGCGUGCGUUCCCUGUCUAUCCAGUCUUCUCCAUCAGCGACACAGGAAAUCCAGGUUAAGCUUGACUUUCACACUGAGGAAGUCGUUCACAUUUAAUCCACAAAUAUUUACCAAGAAUUUUCGGGGCUGUCAGGCGUGGGGCUAGGUUCACAAGAUACAGUAGUGAAUUAGACACAUUCCUAAUACCAGACCCUUGGAGCAGAGCAAAGACUGAAAGUAAACAACCGGCUACAAUGAAGUGGGUAAGAGAGGAGUUUCUAGGUCUGUAAAAUUUGUUACUUAAAUGCUGGCGCCAAGUCUUAGAGAAGGGUAACAAUUCAUUAAAGGCUGGACUGCUUCCGCUCUCUAUCGGGGGCAACGAUCUCCGCCCUUCAGGUAUUUUGUAAAUCAGAGCCAGAAGUGUCUUCUUGGGUGAGUAGCUCCAUUAGUCACCUCUGCAAUUUCAAGUCUCUCCCACCCCCACCCCACCCCCCUUUUUUUCUCCCCAGGGCUUCCUGCAGUUCUCUUACAGUUCACUUCUGCCUCAUGUCGACACUUCAGUUGCUAUAAGGCCAAAAAUAAAGAAUCACCGGCGAAUACCAGCCAAAGCUGGCUCCGCCCAUUCUCUUUCCGGUUUAAAACCCGCGGACUUUUCCUCUUCUGAGUUCCUAGACUUCCUGUUCUAAUUCUCGCGACAGUUUCAAACAAUGCGUGCAGUUCGCUUCCGGUCCCUCUUUUGAGUUUGAGAGACCAGGGUGGCACAGUGCCCUAUCUUCGCACACCACGUCUGACCUUCCGACCAGGAGUGGCGUGUACCCUGCUAGGGAGCCCCGAAGUGGAAGGGCUUAGGCGAGUUCAGGCCCCGAGGGAGAGUCCCGGACCACACUCGGGCGCCGGGCUCUCGGGGCCACAGUACGCAUGCGGAGUCGGUCUCCCAGGGCGGCCGCGAGGCCCGACCGGCUCUGAACUCCGGGGUUGGUCGGGAGGCCCGCGCUCAAGUCGCCCCGCCCCUUGCCAGGUCCUUCUGGGCGGUGCCUGACUACAUUCCCCUCCCAGGCUGCAGAGCUGUUUCGGCCUCUGGGAAACUGAGCUUCAGCGCGGUUUCCGUAAACCGCUCGGGGCCGGCGGGGCGGGCCUCCAGAAAUGCUCUCCUCCCUGUCCCCAGCCCAAAGUGCCACGGUGGCGCUGGUGGCGGCUGCGAGACCGUUUGCCUCCGGCCCUGCUAGCUUCGCAACCAGAACCUGUAAUCCGGACCUGGGAGGCGCCCCGCCCACCUCUCCCAGCGGCCGUUCGUCGGCUGGGACCUUUAAUCACCGUGCUCUUCUGCGGUUAAAGCACCUGCGGGAGCGAGGGAGGGAGGAAGAGGCCAGAUGUGGGGAGGCUGAUGUAAGCGCCCAGUCUUGGUCGGCGUUUUGGUGAGGAAGCCGGAUGGACAAGCCUGCGGUCACCCCCGGGCAGCCGGUUUUGGGCUGCCGGGAGAUGAUGUUGCUCGGCCCUGCCCUAUACAGGAGCGCCGACUUGGCACCAGAGCCUCUACCCCACGGACUGUAAAGUCAGAUGGUCAAGGCCUAGCCGCUCAGCCAACUCUUCGAGCUGGAGGCCACCAGCAGCUCUCGCCCCCUACUCCUACCCCCCACCCCACUCACCCCUUCUCUGUCCUCUCCCAGUUUCGGUGUCCGGUUACGACUCCUCUAUUCUUACUGUGACUUUGGCCCAGGCUGAGGGAAGUGGCCCAGGAGGGUCCCGUGCAGCCGCAUAAAAUUCGCAUCUUCAGAACUAGUGGGUAGGGUAGGGGUGGGGAGGUGGGGUGAGACGCCGAGGGGCGGGGAGAGGGGCGGAGGAGCUGCUCUGAGUCCAAGUCCGUGGGCUCUCUCAGAGAUCCUCAAGCCAGAGCAGAGGUGGCUGGCGGGCCCAGCCAGUUAUUCGCCUCCGCUUUCUUUCCACUGUCUGCUUUUUUGGACUGGAGUCACGGCUGCUCUGAAGGGCUUAGUCCCGGACACUAGGGUGCAGGAACCCGCUGAUGCCUCGAGUGCUCGCAGGGCUUCCAGCUAACUAUGCCACAGCCGCCCGCAGCUACCUUGGCGCUGCCCCUGCUGCUGCUCCUGCUGGUGGUGCGGGCGCCGCCCCCGACUGGCGCUCGGCCGUCUGCAGGUCCGGAUUACCUGAGGCGCGGCUGGCUGCGGCUGCUGGCGGAGGGCGAGGGCUGCGCUCCCUGCCGGCCAGAGGAGUGCGCCGCGCCCCGGGGUUGCCUGGCCGGCCAGGUGCGCGACGCUUGCGGCUGCUGCUGGGAAUGUGCCAACCUCGAGGGCCAGCUCUGCGACCUGGACCCCAGCGCCCACUUCUACGGGCGCUGUGGCGAGCAGCUUGAGUGCCGGUUGGACACAGGCGGUGACCUGAGCCGCGGAGAGGUGCCAGAGCCGCUGUGUGUCUGCGGCUCGCAGCGCCCUCUCUGCGGUUCCGACGGCCGCACCUACGCGCAGAUCUGCCGUCUGCAGGAAGCAGCCCGCGCUCGGCCAGACACUAACCUCACUGUGGCGCACCCAGGGCCCUGCGAAUCGGAGCCCCAGAUCGUGCUGCACCCAUAUGACAUUUGGAAUGUGACGGGGAAGGAUGUGAUCUUUGGCUGUGAGGUGUUUGCCUAUCCCAUGGCCUCCAUCGAGUGGAGGAAGGAUGGCUUGGACAUUCAGCUGCCAGGAGAUGACCCCCACAUUUCUGUGCAGUUUAGGGGUGGACCCCAGAGGUUUGAGGUGACAAGCUGGCUGCAGAUUCAAGCUGUGCGCCCCAGCGAUGAGGGCACCUACCGCUGCCUGGCCCGCAAUGCCCUGGGCCAGGUGGAGGCCCCAGCUAGCCUAACUGUACUCACACCCGACCAGCUGAACUCCACAGGCAUCCCCCAGCCACCAUCCCUGCAUCUGGUUCCUGAGGAAGAGGCUGAGAGUGAAGAGGGCGAGGAUUACUACUAGGUCCGAAGCCCUGGCCCAUGGGGGUGGGUGAGUGGGGAUAGUGUUCAUCCUUACUCUUGAAAAUAUCUGGAAACGGGGAGCAGGGCCUCUUCACAGGUUGCUUUAAUGCCUUCACUGGGCGGAGACAUGAUGGUGGAGGGGAGACAAAAAUUGGAGGAGGGUAAGAAGAGAGGCAGAGACUAGGGGAUAGAGGUGGUCGGAUGCAAAGGGGCCCAUGCAGGAGAUGCAUGGACCAACUAGGAAGAAGGCAGCAGCUGCCUGCUGGUCCCGAGGCUGGGUGGAGGGUGGGGUGGGGUAGGGUAGAGUGGAGCAGACACAAAAAGGUGUAGAUAGCAGGUUCCUCCCUUGCUUUCCAGCAGCCCUUCUCUAGCCCUGCUCAGCCAGUCUUCCUAAGUGCCCUUCUGCACAGCUCCUGCUUUUAUUUUCCUAGUCCCCAAUCUUUGCCUUUUCUCAGUUUGUUCUUUUUCAAAAUUAACCUUCUAGAAAUUUCCCUCUCCUAAGUCCCAGUUGCACUUACUAACUGCAGUCCUUUUUGCUGUUCGCCAUCUGCUGUCCAGGAGAGCACAAUGGAGCAUGGUUUAGUUCAGUGCAGUAAGAUGGGCAUUUGGUUAUGUCUAAUUUCUCCUGUCAUUCUGGAAAUUCCUUAUCUUAUACCACGUUGUAUUGGACAGUGCCUAGCGCAGGACUAGGCACAGUAAGCACAAAAUAAAGAUUUAUGAACAAACUGAAACACACA